AUCUGGGAGCGGAGGAGGGACGGGGGCGGAGGGAGGACCGGGCCCAGCCGGCGGCUCCGGACCCUCCUUCCCUCCGCCACUCUCCGCCCCUCCGCCGCGCACGGCGCCGCCGGGAGCCCGGAGCCGGCUGGGGCCAUGCAUACCGGAGCCCCCGAGGGCGCGGUGGCGUGCUCGGCGCUGCACCAUGGCCGCUGAGAACGGCUCGGCGGCGGCGAGCGGCGGCGGGGGCUGGGGGCUGCCCGCAUCUCCCACAGGCUGAUCCUAAGCCCGUCCUAGCACCAGCACCCAGGCACCAGUGGUGAUGCAGGGCUCAGCAUCUCAGCAAUGUGGAAGCCUCUUCAGAUGUAAUCUUCCAGAAGGAGCUCUUUGCUGCCAGGCACACAGACCCCAUGCACAACCUUUCCGCUCAGCCCUGGCAAGUGAAGAUGGCCAAUCUGACCUAUGACAACUUCACCCUGGGCAACCGCUCCGAGGUGGCCAUCCAGCCUCCCAGCAACUACAAGACAGUGGAGCUGGUUUUCAUCGCCACCGUCACCGGCUCGCUCAGCCUCGUCACCGUGGUGGGGAACAUCCUGGUGAUGCUGUCCAUCAAGGUGAACCGCCAGCUCCAGACUGUCAAUAACUAUUUUCUCUUCAGCCUGGCCUGUGCAGACCUCAUCAUUGGGGUCUUCUCCAUGAACCUUUACACAGUCUACAUCAUCAAAGGCUACUGGCCACUGGGGGCUGUGGUGUGUGACCUGUGGCUAGCCCUGGACUACGUGGUAAGCAAUGCCUCUGUCAUGAACUUGCUCAUCAUCAGCUUUGACCGGUACUUCUGUGUUACCAAGCCCCUGACAUACCCAGCCAGGAGGACCACCAAGAUGGCAGGGCUAAUGAUCGCAGCAGCGUGGAUAUUGUCCUUCAUUCUCUGGGCACCUGCCAUCUUGUUCUGGCAGUUCAUUGUGGGCAAGAGGACAGUCCCCGAGAGAGAAUGCUACAUUCAGUUCCUCUCCAACCCGGCAGUGACCUUCGGCACGGCCAUUGCUGCUUUCUACCUGCCUGUGGUCAUCAUGACGGUGCUGUACAUCCACAUCUCCCUGGCCAGCAGGAGCAGGGUGAGGAGGCACAAGCCUGAAAGCAGGAAAGAAAAGAAAAGCAAGUCCCUCCGGUUCCUGAAGGGCCCCGUGAUCAAACAAAACAACAAUAACUCCCCCAAGAAGGCUGUGGAGGUGAAAGAGGAAGUGAGAAACGGGAAAGUGGAUGACAAGCCCUCAGCACAGACAGAGGCUGCUGGCCAUCAGGAGGAGAAAGAGACUUCCAACGAGUCCAGCACUGUCAGCAUGACUCAGACCACAAAAGAUAAGCCCACAGCAGAAAUCUUGCCGGUGGGGCAAGGGCAGAGCCCAGCCCAGCCCCGGGUGAACCCAACUUCCAAGUGGUCCAAGAUUAAGAUUGUCACCAAGCAAACUGGGACCGAAUGCGUAACGGCCAUUGAGAUUGUCCCAGCUAAGGCAGGAGCCUCUAACCACAACUCUCUGUCCAACAGCCGCCCAGCCAACGUCGCCAGGAAGUUUGCCAGCAUUGCCAGGAGCCAAGUGCGGAAGAAGCGGCAGAUGGCAGCCCGGGAGAAGAAAGUCACCCGCACCAUAUUUGCCAUCCUCCUAGCCUUCAUACUCACAUGGACGCCGUACAACGUGAUGGUCCUCAUUAACACCUUCUGUGAGACCUGUGUGCCCGAAACAGUGUGGUCCAUUGGCUACUGGCUCUGCUACGUCAACAGCACCAUCAACCCAGCCUGCUAUGCCCUCUGCAAUGCCACUUUCAAGAAGACCUUCAAGCACCUUCUCAUGUGCCAGUACAGGAACAUUGGCACAGCCAGAUAGGCUGGCACUCAGGGACCACUUCAGCAACAUUACAGAAGCUCUUCCCUUUGCCUCCUUUGCCAGGAAGGGUCCUCUGCUCCCCGCUCACAGCAAUGCAGACUGUACAGUGAUUGCAGGUGAUGCCCUUCAUCCAAUACUGACAAAGGUCCAAGGAACCUUCUAAGGUGCAGCUCCUUCCAGUCACCCUGGGACCUUGGGGAGCCAGUGGGAAAGUCGGUGGCAUGAGGAGGAGGUAUGGUGACCAGAAGCCCUCCCCAGAUCCCUGCUUUUGAGGGAAAGGCCAACUGGCAUCAGUCUCUGUCCCGAGCCUGGAUGCCUCCUCUUCUCCUGGAUGACCAUCUCCAGUGCAUCAGAGCUUGUCUGCAUGCAGACGGUCUAAUGCUGGAUGCCUUCAACAAGCUUUUAAAUCAGUCAUUACCCAAGAAAUGAAAAGAAGCCAGGGCCACACAUUUGCCAGCCAUCGUGGACCAGGAUGGUUUGGGCAUGGUCAUGGGGAGUCCUGCUGGCCCAGCCAGGCUUCCUCCCAGUGCAGUCAAGAUGGCACCCUAACAGAUGUGCCAAGGUCCUUCCUUUCCCUUGAGAGAUGCCUUCAUACAGCCUCACCCAGGGACCGAGGAGAGGAAUUUUCGCCUGGGCUUCAGAUACACUCUACCCUUCAUAUCCUUUCUGCCCAUAGCCAACGACUGGCUGGAUGGACAGACAGAUAAGUUGAGCAUCUCAUUCCUGGGUGAGGAGUCACUUCUUAUAACGGUGGAACCUAAAACUGCAAAGAAAAGCAGUGUAGUGGUGCAGAACUUCUCUACAUCAGCCUGGGGGAAAUGUAGCCCCUGAGAAGUGGGCAGCAGCAACGGUGAAAAUAACUGUCCUUGGGAGGGAU